CGACAGUAGGUGUUUGAUUCUCGUGCCGGUAGUUGUAAAUAGUUUAGUUUUUAAUAAUAAUAAUGAAUGACGUUAGCCUGCGCGUAUCAGCUUUAAAGCUGUGCGCGCAUCCAAAGCGAUUUAGCGAGAUGCGCAACGCACUGGUCCCACUGCCGUUGAAGUGGCAAAACUCAACAAUCGACUAUGUGGAGGAAUUCGCUCAGGCCACCAAUUGUGCCAAACAGCUGUCCAUUGUGAAGGAUGCGUUUGAGAAUCCCCGUUCAUUUCCCUUUCUGGCCGAUAUCCUAUUCGUGUGCCCCCUGAAGCAUCCCGUGCGCGGCGUUGUGACCAGACUAUUCUCAAAUGCCGAGUGCAGCAAACGCUCCCCAAUCACUCACAGCAGGGAGCGCAUAUUGAGCGCCCUACGUGGUGCCCUACGCGAGGUGUCCGUCAAUAUCAACAGUAGCUGCGCCUUCGCUGACGACAUGAACGACCUCUUCGUCUCGGUCAGCGGCUGUCUGCAGAGCUUUCCGUUUGGGCGCGAUGCGCUGGCCCUGGAGAUUUACUGCUUCAUACCAUUGGUGCCCAAGGCUAUGGCCCUCUUCUGGGGCUUAUUAAGUGACACAGGCACACAGAUCUCUCCGACUCGUCGCAACGAGUGUUACUUAUAUCUGCAGAAUCUGUUGCGCUUCCACGUCAACUUCAUGACUGAGUUUAAGUCGGAGCUGAUGCCUGAACGUUGCAGGCCAUUGAAGUCUAUUGAUGCGAUUGCCGAGCAGGCAUCCCGUAGUGUGGAUACGCCGUGGGAUGUGCGCGCCGUUGCCGGCCUCGCGAUUGGCCAUAAUGCGCGUCUAUUUGGUGAUUUUGCAAAUUAUCUGCUCAAGUGUCAAUCUCUGAAUGAAUUUAACGAUUUGCCCAUGAAGGCCGCAUCGCUGCUGAUGCUGCAGAAGAGCGACUACGGCACCUGUGCUGCCCAGGCACUGGAUAUACUGAAGCGCACCUUGGAGCAUGUCGAUAGCGCCAGCAACGUUAGCAACUUUCUGGUCUAUUUGUCCAAGCAUCUGAAUACCUAUUCGAAAUCGUUGGGCGGCAUUAAGUUAACUGAUCGCCCUCAGAUCAUGUACAGCCUGAUAUUGGCCAUGUUGAUGCGCUUCGCCUUGCAGCACAUCUCGAGCAACAUCGAAACGAUACGCCACAUGUGCGCCAGCCUGCUGCAUCAGGUGCUCCAGCACAGCAAGGCGGCCGGCCAGACAAAUGUCAUUGCCCAGGUCUAUGCCCAGUACGAGCGCCAGCGCAUGCCGCUGCCAUCCGUUUGCCUGAUGCUGCAGCAAGUGGUCGAGGUGUUGGGCGUCCAGGCGGUGAUGAUGAAUUGUCCAGGCAUCUUUGACAAAAUGUUUCCCGUCCACCUGGGGCGCGAGGACAGCGUGAAUGCGCUGUUCAAAAGCAUGAUGACAGUUGCCCACAAUGAGGAGACAUCCAAGGAAUGGAGGCGCCUGUGGUGUUCGCUGCUUUAUAGGGCAGCUGUGCCCUGCGACGAUCGCUUGGUCUGCAUUGAGCGCCUGAUCAAGGUGGCCGUUCACCUCGAUGAUGAGGUGCUGCCCGAAUUGAUGAAACAGCGCCAUCUGUCAAUCAGCACCAAAUUGGCAGCCAUGCUGACGGCACGUCGUCAUGGCCAGCAGCGUAUGGUCAAGGCGCUGAUGGCCGAUCAUCUGGAUCAGCUCAAUGCAGCGCUGGUUGGCGUCGAUGACAAUUCGCGGCUGUUGGCCCUCUCCUUUGUGGUCGAUACGCCCCGGCUGAGCGAGUCAUAUACGCAAUUCGAGCUGGACUCGAUCAUUACCUAUAUUGAGCUGAAUGCCAACAAUCCCAAUGCCCAUAUGCGCCAAAUUGGCCACGGCCUCUUGCAGAAGGCGGUGAAGCGACUGGAAUAUAAUCUGGCCCAACAGCUGAAGGACAAACCACUGGCCGUAAAUGAAGAUAACAUGCUGAUCAUCUUUGUAAACAAGCUCGUCCACUUACUGGCCAUGAAUCUGUUUCCCACUGCCAACUACGGCCGGCGCUGGCUAUCGCUGCGCGUCCUGGAUGAUUGCAUCGAAAUGAUGGAACGUCUCAAUUUGCCCUGGAGGCAGCGCAUGCCGCCACAGUCGUGGCCCUAUUUGGAUUACUGUCUGCGCGACAGCUAUGAGCACAACAAGGUGCAGGCCGCCCUGCUGUUGGCCAAAUUGCAGACCUGCUGUCCGUAUGACCCAAUGGACAUCUUGGAGCAGCUGAAGUCGGUGCGUGUGACGGACUCGUCCACGGCCGUCUAUCGCCUGCAGGUGUACUGCAAGGCAGCCGAGGUGGCGCUAGCGCCGCCCCUUAAUGAUGAUGCCGUCCUGCCCAAGCAUCAUGCACGCGAUUAUGCCAUCCUACGGAUGUGCAUGGACCAUUUGCGGGAGGGCGCUGCCGCGGCCGAAAGCGAUUUGACGGAGGCGGCCCAAACGAAUCCGUUGUAUGGCCUGCUCUUCGCCAGCCGGCAUUUGUUGCUCCAACUGGAGCUGAAGCCACUGGCCGAGGAUCAGCUCUGGUUUGAAUAUAUUGAGGAUCUGCUGAACAUCUGUGUCACAAUCACUAACAUUAUGCUGCCCAUUGUGGGUAGUGAUUCGCCGGAAGGUAUGGUCCCGGGAUCACAGAAACCAACGGCGAAACCAAUCUCGGAUCCCGAUACUCAGGCCGAAUUGGAUACGCUGUCGCUGCUGCCGCAGAUGGUGUUGCUCAGCGCCUGGCGCAGCAUCAAGGAGAUCGCCCUCAUCAUGGGCGACUUGGUGCAGCGUGCUCCGCUCCAGCAGGAGCGUAAACACAACUAUUUGCUCAGCCAAGAGCAGGUGGCGUUGAUUGGUGAGCAGUUCAUAUUGCUGCUGGCGGAUGUCAAGCAUCGCGGCGCCUUCGAGCAGGCAUAUGUGGGCUUCACCUGGCUCUGUCGUCGCUUCUGGCACAGCGAUGAGCCGGCCCUAAGCCAGCUGCCGCCCAAGUGGAUGGAGGAGGCAAUGCGUCUGGUCACUGGCAUGGGCGACAAGGAGCUGUGCUCCACACGUCGCAGCGCCGGCAUGCCCUACAUGCUGCAGGCGCUGAUCUGCACGGAACUGAAGCUGGGCACCCACAACACCUUCAAGCGGAGCAUGUCCUUGCUGCUGGAAGUGUGCGAGCGUCGCGAACUGGGCGCUGAUGCGGCCAUUGCACGCAGCCAUGCCAUGAAUAUCAUGCGUGCGCUCUUCCGCUGCAGCGAACUGGCCGAUGUGGUGGGCGAUUUUGUGGGGCGUGGCAUUGAGUGCGCCCUGGAGAGCGUCAUGGCGGAGGAGUGGAACGAACGCAACAGUGCCACACUGAUGCUCUCAGCGCUGAUGGUGCGCGUCUUUGGCGUGGAGCGCGCUCGCUCCGACAGCGGCGAGCUGCACGUGCGCAAUCGCAUGACCGGACGGAUCUUCUUUACGCGCUAUCCCAAGCUCUUUGAUUACUUCCAUGCGAAUCUGAAGAAGGCAGCCGAACGCUGUCGCGCAUCGCCAAAGGGGGGCCAGACGGUGCAGUUGGAGGCCAUGCUGCAGCUGCUCUAUCGCCUCUAUCCAUCCUCCAUGGAGGGAACCGAAUCUAGCCUGAAUCUCAGCGUCUUUGUGCCCUUCCUGGAGGCGAUCACGUGCGUGAACGAUAGUACCACACGAUAUCGCAGCUGCGAGGUCUUAGCCAACUUUGGGAACACCACCUUGGCCUUUGAGAGCAUUCGCCGCAUUUCAGCGAUGUUCAGUGUGAUCAACUUCAAGCACAAGAGAGGCGAACCCUUGCCCAAGAACAUUAAUCUACUGCACGGCAAGGUGUUGCAGCUGAAGGAGCUGUACCGCGUUGCACGCUGGCAGGAUGUGCGCCUGACCUGCACAAUGAUGUAUAUGAUGUCUGUGAUCGCUGUGAAGAUGUUGAGCCACGAUAUGUUCAUCUUUCGCACCAUAGUGAUGGUGUUGACGGACGCGUUGGCGGAUCUGCAGGAAUGCAAGCAUAUUGGGGCAGCGGUGCUCAAUGCCUUGCUCGCCAUCUAUGAGCUGAAUCAUUUGGCGAUCUAUCGACACUGCGAGGAAUAUACCGUAUCGCCGAAGUUCUUUGCGAUUUUCGCCCUGCAUUUGCACCGGCUGACCCUGCAGCCGGAUGGCCUCCUGGAGCACAUGUUUGAGAUGUUGGUGCGACCGGAUAAUGUGCCAUCGAAGCUGGAGCACGUGAAGAUCGACUUGUGGCUGUAUACGCUCAUCCAUCAGGCCGCCUCGGGCACCAAAGCACGUGGCCUUAUCGAACCCUUCGAGCUGAAGCAUUUCGAUUUCGAUCCGGAUGUGGUGACCUAUUACAAGACGCUGUCGCGCAGCCAGCGCUCCAACCUGGCUACCCAAUUGCGUCAAUCAAAGGCGGUGCGGCUGCAUGCGAUGAAGAUGGCCGGAAUCAUUGAUCGAUCGGCACAUUGGGCGCCGGGCCUGUCGUGCCGUGUGUUCGCCUUCCUGGCCCUGCUGAAUGACAUCGAUCUGUCGAUGCUUCAGUUGUUGAAUCGUGGCGGCUUCGAUGCGGAGCCAGGCGUCACCAUUUGCCUAACGCGCCUCAUCAUGGACAACGGCAUGCUGAGCAGCUAUCAGUAUUAUUGGGUCCCACUGAUCCGUUACACUGUGCAUAACUCGUCGCCCAAGAGGCCGGUCUAUAUGCGUUACAGAUCCGCCCAGCUGCUGGACCGAAUGACCGUGCAUGUUCAGCAGAUCAUCCACUCGGAUGAUGCGUUCAUGAUUGGCAACUAUAUACGUCUGGUGCUGCAGCUGCUCGUCGAUGAGUCGGAGAUGGUGCGCAAUUAUACAUCGGAAUUGGUGUCCAGCUGCAUGGGCCUCUAUUUGGGCGGCGAGCGGGCGCUGGAGAGUGUCUUAGAGGUCAGUAUGCUGCCCAUUGAGGCGGAGAAGUUCUUUUUGGAGCACAUGCUCGAGGCCCUUCAGCGCUACAAGACGAACGGCAAUUUCCUGAUCGCCUGUUUCAAUUUGGUUGUGGAACCAUUCGUCAGUGUCGAGCUCUUGUUCAAUCGCACCAUCGAAGAGGCGCCAUCCAAGUUUUUCAGUGGCGAUGACGAAGCCGAGGGCGAAAUCUUCGAUAAGCAGGAGGUCAAUCAGUACUGUGAGGGAUUGCGUAUUGCUUCGGUCGUGGCGAAAAGUUUCAAUGUCGCAUUCCCAAAUAAUGAGGAGCUGAUGAAGGCUCUCGAUGCCGUGGAAAAACUGUGCUCAUACAAAGGAUUUACCGCGGAACCAAUUCCUCCGAGAAUCAUCGCCUAAAACGUACACACACACACGCACACACACACACACACACACACAAAAAGCAAACACACGGAGGCUACACCAUUAGUACAAACACACAGAGUGAAGGAAAGAAAGAAUGAGAACAAGAAACUACAAGCUGCAUUUAAUUCCAAUUGGAAUUGUAUUAUAAAACACACGCAUUUAUAAUGCACAUAAUACACUCACACAAACGAAUAUAAUUAGAAAAAUGAUGUCGAAGACAUUGCAUUCAAUCCCAAUUGGAAUGUUAGUAUAAAAUACUGCAUUUUUAAUAUUUGAAAAUCGUCAUAUAUGU